GGAGGAGGCACGGAAGCUUCCGCCGGAGACACGGAGGACGAAAUGGGUUGGAGAUAAAGCGGCAUGGUGUUCGGGAACCUCAUGUUGGGUCCUGUCCUGUGUUCAUUUCGGGAGGCUGGGGUUUGGAGGAUUUGGAUUUUGCGUGUAUCUCGUAGAUUUUUUUGACGGCGAAUUGCGUUUUGGUUCUGGGGGCAAUCACCGGCUGCCUUGGGGAAUUUCCUGGAGAAUCUUGAUCUUUUCCUUCCAAGAUGGUGGGGGUUCACAGAGAAGCGGAGCAUUCCCUUCCCAACGAGGCGCUGAAGCUCCUUCGUUGCUUGGCGUCAGGAUGGGACGACGUCGUCGAUCAGAAGGAACUGAGAAUCGUUCGGCUCAAGGGAGCGAUGACGAACGAGGUGUACAAGUGUGGGUGGCAGACGGAGAAAGGGGCGUCCACCAGGAAGGUUUUGGUUAGGAUUUACGGCGAAGGGGUCGACGCCUUCUUCGAUCGCCAUGAUGAGAUCCGGACGUUUGAGUGCAUGUCGAAGCAUGGGCAGGGGCCGAGACUUCUGGGCCGUUUUCCGGAAGGCCGCGUAGAGGAGUUCAUUCAUGCUAGGACUCUUUCAGCAUCUGACCUGCGUGAUCCAGAAAUAUCUGCACUUGUAGCAGCUAAAUUGAGAGAAUUUCAUGACCUGGAGAUGCCAGGCCCUAGGAAUGUCCUGCUGUGGGAUAGGCUGAGGAACUGGCUCAAAGCGGCUAUAAAAGUGUGUUCUGCAGCUGAAGCUGUAGAAUUCGAGCUGGGAAAGAUUGAAAUGGAGAUAAGUACUUUGGAAAAGGAGUUGUUCAGGGACAAUGACAAUAUAGGAUUCUGCCACAAUGAUCUGCAGUAUGGUAACAUUAUGAUGGACGAGGAAACCAAAACUGUGACCAUAAUAGACUAUGAGUAUGCUGGCUUCAACCCUGUUGCAUAUGACAUUGCAAAUCACUUCUGUGAGAUGGCUGCUGAUUAUCAUACUGAAACACCUCAUAUUUUGGACUUCGAGAAAUAUCCAGGUCUUGAGCAACGUAAAAGAUUUGUGCAUGUGUACUUAAGUUCUUCAGGUGAUGAGACUAGUGAGUUUGUAGUUGAGCAGCUUCUGAACGAUGUGGAGAAGUAUACCCUUGCAAGUCAUCUGACCUGGGGUUUAUGGGGAAUCAUCUCGGAGCAUGUCAAUGAAAUCGACUUCGAUUAUAUGGAGUAUGCAAGGCAAAGGCUCAAACAAUACUGGCUGAAGAAACCUUCUAUUUUGGGAUGUUGAAGUCACUUACUUGCCUGUAUAUCUACCUUCCAAAUAGCCUGUAAAUGUAAAGGAUUUAGAUUUUUUUUUUGCUCAACGAGAAUGCUUACUGUAGUUGCAUUUUUUUUUUAAGAAGAAGUUUUGCAUGUUA